AAUAACACUGCUCUAGACCGAAACCAGUUGAAACCAGUUGCCAGUCUACGACUCUAGCUAAAUCAGUUGUUCUAUACUCAAAAGUAUAAUCAAUAAUUUAUUUAUUUAUUUUUUAGUUACAAGUGUCGAUUAUGUGGUGAUAUUAGAACUCAUUAGGACUUGUGGUAAAUAGGAUAAAACCAGUUGCCAGUCUGCGAAUACAGCUAAAUCGGUUGUUCUACGGAAACCAGUUGCCAGUCUAGGAAUACAGCUAGAUCGGUUGUUCUAUACCCAACAGUAUAUACACAAAUAUUUAUUUAUAUAUUUAUUUGUUACAUGUGCCGUUAAUGUUGUAAUAUUAGAACUCAUUAGGACUUGUGGUAAAUAGGAUAAAACCAGUUGAAACCAGUUUCCAGUCUACGAGUCUAGCUGAAUCAGUUGUUCUACACCCAACAUAAUACUAAAAAAUGUAUUUAUUCAUCUAUUUAUUUAAUAGUUACAAGUGUAUUGUAUGUGGUAACAACAGGAUACUCGACAGAUAAUCAACAAAACCAGUUCAAACCAGUUCACAACUCCAGCUAGUUGUUCAAUACUCAACAAAUUGUUUAUUUAUUCCUGUGCUACAAAUGUCGCUGAUGUGUUAACAAUACAAUACUGAAAAGGAUACUCAGAAAUAUCAGUUGAAACCAGUUACCAGUCUACGACUCUGGCUGGAUCAGUUGUUCAAUAUUCAAAAAUUUAUUAAUUUAUUCAUUUGUUACAAGUUUUGUACGCCCUUUGAAAGUUACUCUAGUGUUGUCCAGUUUCUCUACAGAUUGAAAACUUCGAAAAAUGACGACUAUUUUACACUGAUAUCGGUAUUUUAUGAAUGUUUUAUUCUUAUAAUACUGGAAAAUCAAUCCAUGUGACAAGUGAUUUACCACAAAUAAAAUUCAAAUUUGAAUUACUCUAAUUGAACUAGCUUACUUCUGAUACAACCCACGUAAAAUUCUAUCUCAGUGUAUCUCCGCAAGUAGAAUUGAUCCACCAAGAAAAUGGAAAAACUGUGAAGGGAGAGGUGUUUUUGUUGUGAUAAAGUGAAAAUUCAUUUCGGAAAAGUUUGUUUUUCCUGAAUGAAAAUGGGGGAAAGCGACGAGGAUUACUGUGAUGACGAGUUUCCCCAACCAAUCCAGUCUGAGUACAGUUUUCCCAAUAGAAUGCAGAAUAGCUAUCAGCAUACUAUGACCAAGGCGGAGUUGAGAAGGAGCACUAAACCUAUAAUGGAGAAACGGAGACGGGCACGUAUCAACAGAUGCCUCAAUGAACUCAAAUCGCUAAUUUUGGACGCCAUGAAAAAAGACCCUGCAAGACACUCAAAACUCGAGAAAGCAGACAUCCUGGAGAUGACUGUCAAACACCUCCAAGACGUUCAGAAGCGACAGCUGUCGACGGCCAUGAUUGCUGACCCAGCAGUUCUGCGCAAGUUCCGCGGUGGCUUCGAGGAGUGUGCCAGUGAGGUCAGCAACUACAUUGACAGCCUGGAGGGAAUCAGCCCUGGAGUGCGUAGACGACUGGCAGCACAUCUGUCAUCAUGCGUUUCCAACAUUCCAGCCUCUAGGAGCGAAGACACAAAUAACAACAACAACAACAACAGUGUUAAUGCAAUCUCAGCAAGUUUGCGACUCAUCCCAAGCCGGCUACCCAAUGGUGAUUUGGCAUUAUUGGUGCCCGAUGCACAAUCACUACCUGGAAACGUUCUGCCAUUCUUCCAGCUGGCUGAGCAUUGCACAAAAGUGGGCCAAGGUCACCAGGAUACAAAUAUGGCUCCCAACAUACAACACUUUGAUUCAAAAAUGGCACCCAGUGUGGGACACUAUGAUACCAAAAUGAUGCCAAAUGUGGGACACUACAAUACUAAAAUGCUGGACCUCAACACGAAUAUGGGGCUGCAUCAACACUGCGGUUUGAACCAGGUGUCGACAACGUCCUCUGAAAAACUUCCUGACACUCUCCGGCUGGACUCACAUCCCAGUGCAUUCACAGCAGUCAACAAGCAUGCCUCAGAAUGCACCACAAGUCCAACAUCAUCACUUGUGUCUCCUGUGUCAUCCAGCAGUGCUGAGAGGCAAGCAACCAUGCCACAUCACCCAAACAUCAACAACAUGUCUCCAGAAGUGUCAUCCACAUCUGAGCAGUUGACUGAUAGUGGUCCAGAUCCUUCAUCAUCAUCCUUCAACUCAUCAACAUCAUCAAAUUUGUCUCCUCAAAACAAUCAGCCUCAACCAUCUACUGAAACAUCUCCCAAGCUUGAAGGCAUACCUCAGGACAAACAUACCUUCCACUACACACAUCAGGAUAACAGGGUACCAGAACCAUCUACCCUCAUGAAAAUUUUGUCUACCAAAACCAUCAUUGAUCACAAGGAUGUCAGCCACAAUCCUUCCCAAAAACAUCAGGAUGUUCCCAAAUUCUCCUACCCAGAUUUCCCCAAGAAUGUUGCUGAUGAUGUUAGCAGGUUUAGUAGUAGUCAGGCACAAGAUAGCAUGAAAUCAAGGCCACCUCAGACAGAGUACACCUACAUGGAUGCACUGAGAAUUCAUGAACCUUUCGGUAGGCAACAAGAGGGAAGGUAUGGGAAAAGGCCAAUGAAUGACCCCAAUGUGAUGUCCGAAUUCAGUCUGCCUCUGACCAUAGACACAAAUCUAAAUAGAGGUGCCAGUAGGAGAUUGACAGGAAAUGUCAGCGACAGUGAUUGUUUGCCAACACCUAUCAACUUUUCCAAAAACGUUACACCAAUGUUCCAGAAUGGUUUUGUGCCUAGUUUGAAGAGGAGACGUUUGGAGGUCAGUGCCAACUUUGGCAGGAAUGGUAGUAGCGGUGAGGCUGAACUUCUGUACAGAAAUGGUAGUAGCAGUGAGCCAGUGGGCCAGAAAGAGGUGCAGUCAUUCUCACCACAGAUUAUUCAGCAAGAGAGAAGCAGUGCUGAGGAUGUGGUUCAAAAUGGUGGUUCUGAAGAAGCUAGUGGUAAGGAGAACAUGUGGAGGCCCUGGUAGGGUUUAAAAGUAUGUGCCCAUCUUCUAAAUAGAUUUCCAUGGCCAAACAGUUUUCAUUUAUUGAAAUUCUGUGAGAUUCACGUUAUGAAGCCAGUAAAAAUUAUAUAAAUUCAUUGUUGCCAAUUUUUUGUUUCUACUGCCUUCUAUAGUGGUUAAAGCUUUCUCAGUAUAUCUGAUCUUGAUUUUUUCAUGUUCAUGAUGAUCAAUUUCAUCUCAAAUAUAUAUCGUUCUUUAAGAAAGUUUAUCAUCUCAUGAUUUUAAUGUUCUAAAGAGCAAUGUUUACAAGGAAAACUUUAUCCAAAUCCCAAGUAUUACAGCUAUAGCUUGCUUACUAGUUACUUACUAAUAGUUUGUGUUUAAGUCAAUAAUUUCUGGAUGUUUUUGUUUUUUGUAUAGUCUAUUCAUUGUUCCUAUUUUAAUGUGUUAGUUAUGAUUGUUGACUAUUGGCUUCAAAUAACAAACUAUUUUCUGUAUCAGCUGAGCUGAAGUGUUGUAUACUGUAUUGUCCACUAUAGCUGAUGUAUUGUCCAUUAUAUUUGCACUCUUAGUUAAGGAUGAGAAAUUUCAACUUAUAUUCUAUUCCUCAAUUUAUUACAAUAUGUUUCAUAUUUAUUUGAUAAUUUUAUUGUAUUUCACUCUUCAAUUUCCAUCACUAUUAACUUGAAAUGAUUGUUAUCACCAUGUUUCUAAUCAAUUCUAUUGAUUCUGUCCAUUCUAUUAAUUUAGGAAAUAUAAUAAUUUAAAUUGAGAAAAUUGAUGAUAGAUUUUUCUCAAUUAUUGUUCUUUUUUCUUCUAUUAUACUAUGUGUCUUUCAUAUUGUUUUCAGCCUAUGUAAAUAGAUUUGAAAUUAUUUAUUAUGUUUGAUAAAAAUG